AUGUCUUACCAAGGAAAAUGCCACUGCGGCCACCACCAAUGGACCGUCGACCUGAAGCAGGACCAGCAGAACCACAUCCUCUGCCACUGCGACACCUGCAAAAUUCUCGGAGGCGGAGCCUUCACCAUGAACCAAAUCAUCCCCAAAUCCGCCCUCAACAUCACCUCCGGCGGUGAGCCUGCCGCGUACACCUACCACGGCGAUUCCGGUACGUAUAUCCCCACUGUCAUCACAUCCAGCAAAACCCCUCUCGACUAACAUUCCCCUCCCUUCCCUCGCUCGCAGGCAAAGCAGUCAACUGCUACUACUGCCCAAAAUGCACCACGCACAUCUACCACCACCAGGAAGUCAUGGGCCCGGACACGAUCAUCGCGCGCACGGCGCUACUGAAGGAAGGCCGGGACAAGUUUGACGUCGGCGCGGAGAUUUACGGCAAGGCCAAGAUGAGCUGGGAGAAGGAGAUUGCUACGACUUUUGAGACGCUGCCUCCUUCGUAA